AUGAUGGAGAUUGGCAUCCCAACAAAGCUCGUGCGCCUGACGGAGAUGACUCUUAGAAACUCUCAGAGCGUUGUUAGAGUUCAAACAAAUGUAUCAGAGCCCUUAAGAACCAAUGACGGCUUAAGACAAGGGGAUGCGCUCUCGUGCCUACUGUUCAACAUCGCUCUCGACAAGUGUAUUCGCGACUCAAAGAUCGAGACCAUAGGCACUAUCUAUCACAAAUCUGUUAAAAUCCUAGGAUGUGCAGAUGACCUCGACGUGAUAGGAAGAUCUCUACCUGCAAUGGAGAGUGCAUACCUUGCUCUUAAAAAAUCAGCUGCGGAGGCUGAUCUCCAACUCUCUCUUAACAUGGCUAAGACUAAGUACCUGAAAGCGUCAAAAGACCAGCAAAUUCUACUACAAGGAGUUAAUAUUGGCAGCAACACCUUCGCUAGCGUCAAUGAUUUCGUAUACCUGGGAUCCUUAUUAACCGAUAACAACGAUGUGUCUUCAGAAAUAAGUAGGAGAAUAAUGGCGGCUAACAAGUGCUACUUCGGACUACUAAGAUACUUACGUUCGAAACUUCUUUCAAGAAGCAUAAAACUUCUCUUGUACAAAACCUUACUAAGACCUAUACUCACCUACGGUUCCGAAUGUUGGGUGCUGAGCAAAAAAGACGAAAACUCCUCGAUGGUAUUUGAGCGGAAAAUACUAAGACGCAUUUUCGGAGCUGUGAUGGAAAAUAAGUGA